UGCUUAAUUAAAAAAUUAUUGAGGCCCCGUGUGCAUUCAGCUGACUACAUUAAAGGAACAAGAUAUGAAGAUAUGGCGUCUCCACUCAGUGACGAUGAACUGAACCUGUUGGGCUUGUGUGUUGUGGCUCUGUCCAGAAAAAAGAAAAAGAUCACAAGAAAGCGAUGGGCAAAGAAUUGCUUUCUCAGAAGAGAACAACUUACAAAUACUGCUCUUCUGAGUGAAAUGAGAGUAGAGCCUGGAGACUUGUUUAAAUAUCUGAGGAUGGAUGAAGGUACAUAUUUUCAACUUUUGUCACUGGUUACUCCAAUGAUAGAAAAACAAGAUACAUGCAUGAGGAGAGCAAUAACACCUCAUGAAAGACUGUCAGCUACAUUAAGGUUUCUAGCUAGUGGACAAUCCUAUGAAGAUUUGAAAUCUUCGGUUGCAAUCUCUUCCUCGGCACUCAGUCAGAUUAUUCCUGAAACUUGCCUCGCAAUUUGGAAUACAUUAAAAAAGGAUUUUAUGAAAUUUCCAGACAGUGAAGAUGAAUGGAAACAAAUAGCCAAUGAAUACCAUGAAAAGUGGAACUUCCCAAAUUGCUUGGGAGCUGUGGGUGGAAAACAUGUGGCAAUAGUUCCACCAAAUGGAGCUGGCUCUGACUACUUCAACUACAGAGGAAGUCAUAGCUUAGUGCUAAUGGCGAUUGUCAAUGCCAAAUACGAGUUCAUUAUGUGUGAUUUUGGAACCAAUGGACAUGUGCCCGAUGGUGGAGUGAUGGAAAAUACAGCAUUUUAUAGGAGACUGUGUGACAAUAACUUGAAAAUACCACCAGGUAGAAAACCCAAAAAUUCCAUGUCUGUGCUUCCAUUUGUUUUUGUUGGUGAUGAAGCAUUUGCCCUUCGUAAAGAUUUUAUGUCACCGUUCAGUCAGGGUGAGUUGACUCAUGAUCGUAGAGUCUUUAACUACAGAGUGUCAAGAGCCCAUCAUGUAGUUGAAAAUGUGUUUGGCAUUAUGUCUUCUCGAUUCAAAAUUUUCACUAAACCGAUUAAUUUGAAUUUAGAAAACAUAGAUGUAGUUGUUUUGGCCUGUUGCAUUUUGCAUAAUUAUUUGCAAAGAUCAGUUGGUGAUUUAUAUGCUUUAAUUGACCAAUGUGACAAUGUUGCUGGCACUGUGCCAAGUACAGAUGAAUCUACUGUCUUUGAUCUGGAAAGAAGACACAACAGGCAGUGUAGUAAACAGGCUGAGGAAGUGCGAGAAAUGUUCAUGCAAUAUUUCACCAGGGAUGGUGCAAUGUCAUGUCAGGAGCGUAUGAUAUAUCAAGAUUGAUGAUUCACUUUGUGACUUUGUAAUCUCCAUCAUCAUUAAUGUUUUAUAGCAAUUACCUGAUGGUAACUCUCCAUGCUACACAGUCUCUUGCAGCCUUUUGUCAGGUUCUUAACUGUCAUUUUAACAGCCUCUCCUCAUCUCAUUCUUGACCUACCACUGAUCCCCCCACAUUUAGGCUCAUGCAUUUUUGCCAAAUUGGUCACAUUCUUUUUCUCCACAUGCCCAAAUCAUCUCGGCUUAAUUAUGCAAAAAAUCACCAAAAUAGUAAAGUAGUGUACAGUACUCUCAAUACUCAACUGCCCUAAUAGCUAUGAACAGCAUUUCUUUUCUUGCACAUUCACCUCACCAUUCUCAUUUGAGCUCACUCAAGCAUAUGUAUAUCAUCCUCUUGACAUCUCUCAUGGUCUUUCUAUGCAGGUUGCAUCGCCAAGUGUUCCCUGACCCCUCCCGCUCAGCCAUAUCUCUCACUGAGAGCACCCCUUCUAUAAGCAGAAAUGCUGGAAUAGUGGACCAGACCUAUCAACCACCCAAGUUCUUCCCUCUAGCCUCGUGGGCUGGCAGAUGCAUUUCUAAGGGUGCAUUUUAGGUCUGGAUCACUCUACCCAAUGUUUUUAAAAUAGAAAAAUCUUUCCUGUUAACAACACAACCAGGGGCAGAUUAAGUGUACUUGGGGCCUGAGGCUAAUUCUGUUUGGGGCCCUUUUCAAAAAUUUAUGCAUUUUUUUAACACUAUACACAGGCUUGGUUAUCAUAAUACUUGUAGUACUGUAUAUGGAAUUUGGUAAAGAAUAUAAACAAAACAUAAAAUUACUUUACCACUGUAUUUUUAAUUUGCUAAAAGUGAAUAAAACUAGUUGGAAUAUAAUGUUAGAGGCAAAUAAAACAUAACAAAAAUUAAAGAGAUUUCCAUUUC